AUGAACCUAUAUUUUAAAGAUCAAUUACCAUACACCUUUGAUUUGAUUCGCUUUUAUGUUUUCCAAAUAAUUUACGAAGACAAAAUUAAGACAAAAUAUAGUAAUAAGUUAGAAAUAAAUAACCAUUUUUGCGAUGGAAUUGAAUUAUUUUCUCUUAAUGAUGAAGAGUAUAGGACGCACUUAAAAGAUGAACAUCUUCGUAUCACUGAGAUCCAACGCACAUCAGAUGACCUUUCGACUUUAUGGGAAGGUGUAGUUAAAGACAAAAAUGCGCUGCAUUUUUGGAGUGUUAUGAAAAGAUAUAGUGAUGAUUUAACUCUUUAUAAAAUACAAGCUUCGGACUCUGUUCAUGAGACGGCUUCACCCUCUUCUCCUACUCUUAUAAGACCUUCGGUAUCAACAAAUUCAACCAGAUCAACAAAUUCAACCAGAUCAACAAAUUCAACCAGAUCAACAAAUUCAACCAGAUCAACAAAGGAGGUAUCACCAAAUGAUAUGAUUUUUCACAGAAUCUCAAAUGUAAAUGAUGUUUUUGAGAAGUAUCGAAAAAUUAAUGAAAAUGCUGAAACUUGGACAAUUGGGGGAGUUCCUAUUGAGAUCGAAGAAACAAUAUCGAAUAUAAUAGAAAUCGAAAAUCUUGAAAAGAUGUCUUUUGAUAAUCCUUUUCUUUCCUUCAUCAUUGACCUUGAUCGUCCUUGUUCCUUUAUCAGUAAGAUUUUCAUGGAACGUGAGCUUAAAAUUGCCAUUGAAGUUGAAUUUGAAUAUUUCAGUGAUGCAACCCACAACUACAUAAAAUCGCUAAUCAAAAAUGAAGUUAAUAAUGAUAUAAUUUGUGAAGAUAAAGAUUACAUUGAUAAGGUUUACGAGCACCUGCAAGAUAUCUGGAGACGUCAAAGAUAUGAUCAUAAGAGUAAAGGAGAUGGUUCAAUUAAUGAGGCAACAUUCUUAUACGAUGUCAUGCAUCGUAUACUACACCUAACAGUUGAAGGAGAAAAGCUCAUGAAAUUAGAUUGGUUUGUGAUUUUGAGGAAUCUUAAUCAUGCUAAUUUUGAUGACUAUGAUUUAUGGUUUUUGAAACAGACAAAAUCGUUUCAAACCACCAUCAAAAACGCACGCAAACUGCCAGAUUGUAUGGGAACAUUCACUCUUCAUAACAAAGACUAUGAGUUCUUAUAUUUGGAGUGUGUAGGACCGCCCUUUGACUGCAAGACAACGAAAAUUGAAAAAGAUAGAAGGAAAAUCAUUCGUUAUUUACAUCAAACAUCGAUUAAACUCUUGUUAUACGAUAAAGUCAAUCACGAGACACAAAAAUUUGCACGAAUAAGAAGGGUUUUUGAUAUUUGUAUACCUGUUGAGUCUUAUAGUAAUGAAGAUGAUGUAUUCAACUUUAUUUGUGGAUUAUUAAUUUUUAAAAGGUUGAUUAAAAGCGUGUACGAUGACUUUGAUUACAUUUCAAAACAUAUAAGGGCAGAACGUAAUGUUUUUAGAAGAAAGGUUAAUACUACAAUGGAGGAGGAGGAUACAAGUUCGAUUUUUUUAACACCGAUUAAAAGAAAGAUCUCUUAA